AGGAAAGAUCACGGGAUUAUUUAUUGUGCAACUUUCCUUGAUGCAAGACCUUUGAACACAGGUUUUUUGAACAUGGCUACAAGAAUAACAACCCCCCUUCUUAAAGAUUGCGAAAGAAUUUACUCGACAGAGGAAACUGGCGGGCCUCAGGAAACUAGCACAGACUCUCGAUUUUUAUCUCUAGCAGAUCAGCUAGGCGUGCAACCUGAUGCACUGAGCCGGUCAAGUUCUGCAGAGAGAGAAAAGGAAAAUGACUAUGAAAGAGAUAGAAGACGUCACAAAGAUCCUGUCGUCAAUAUAAGUUUUGAACAACUCGAAGAAUUGCUUACAGCUCUGGAUUCCACAAGCGACAUGCUUCGGCAAGUUGGUUUAAACUCAGUUGAGUUAGAGAGUUUAACAAGGCAGCGAAGAAGUCACAGGAUUCCAACAUGUGUUACAAGACAUCUUUUGCUUGGGACAAUAUUCUGGCAGAUUCUGAACAUAGUGGCUGUUACGAUUACUGAAGCUUUUGCAAAUCAGCCCAAAGGUGAUCAACAAAAAGAGGACAAAACUAUAUAUGUUGUGAGUGUAAGUGUAAUUGUGGUUUUUCAAGCAGCAAAUUUGCUUUUGGUCAUCUUAACAACAAUAAAACUCACCAAGCAAAUAAUGCAUCAAACAGUAACAAAAUCAUUCCUUGCACAGUCAUAUUUAUCAACAACACUCCUCUACGCUGGGCUUUACACACUGGUCUAUAAAAUUGAGUCCAAUUCAUUUCAGCAUCUAACAGGUGCUAAAGAUCCAUUGAGUACACCAUUAAUAUUUUUCAAGAUGGCUGUUUUCUCCAUUUCAACUGGAACUCUGUGUGGUACUUCAUCCAUUGUCCCUGACAUGUGGUUAGCACAGCUUAUUGCUUCAACCCAGAUGUUGAUGAGUUAUGUUUAUUUUGCAUCUGUGCUCUACAUGGCUGUACAUCCACCUAAAAAUGAUUUAAAAUGGAGGGUAAUCACCAGAAGCAAUCACCAUAGAAGCCUUCAUCAUGUGAGAACUGUAUGAAAUGUAUGCUGAUAUGUGCAAGGGAUGCUGAUGGAUGCUGAUGUAUGCUGAUGUAUUCUCUGCAGAGACAGAGAGUCCUGUGUGGAAGCUCAGGAAUAUGUACUUCUCAGAGCUAUGAACAGGGAAAAUAAACAUUAAAAAUUUUAGUCUCAUUUAGACUAAAUUAAUCUCCUUUAGGACCAGUCCCUGCUUUUUGACAAAGCCUGUUUCAUGGAUGAAAAAAAAAUCACUGCAAAAAUUUUCAAGGAGAUGUAUAGCAGUUAGAGCGGAGGAUUAGUAAUCAAAUCUUGAGAGUUGAAGGGUAAUUAUAACCCUGACAGAAGAAUUGUUUGAAUUUACAAAAGGAUCUAUAUAUAAAGACGUAAAAUAAAUAAGGAACAGACUCAGUCAUACUUGUAAUAGAUUUUAAGGAGAAUCUUAGAAGGAAGGAUUUUUCAAUAAGGAGGCAAAUAUUUUUCAAGGAGAAAGGUAUCCAAACGUUUAUGAGAGUAAUGUAGGUUUGAUACCUUAAGAGUACUUUCACUUGUUGUUUUUUUUUUAAUAAAUGAAAGCAUUAUUUUUCAUUAGACCUCAAAUUUAGUCAUGGAUAUUGAAGGAAAUAUAUUUUAUUACUAAGAAUAUCUCAAAUUCUAUCUAAAUCUUUUUCAUAACUAAAU